AUGGAUACCAACGGAUUAAUCCAUCGAAUCGACUGGACGCCCGUUUCAUCAUCCGAGAAGCAACUUGCCUUCAGGAAAGUCCUUUUCUUCGUCGAUGACCAAGAACAUCCUGAACACGUUGCCGUAUACCUCAAUCAACUUGUCGAGGAUGGCUAUGCAACAGCGAUUGUCCACAAUACCGCAGAGAUCGGGCCAGCAUUGACGACUGAUACAAUUGUGGUCCACAUUCCACAUACAGCGACAUCCAAGAAUGAGAUCUACGAAGUCGCAACAAAUUCUUGCAUCAGAUUGAUUGCAGCCGCGCAGACAAUGCAUCAGCGCUGGCAGUCUGACAAGACCCAGACUCAUAAGCUGUUUUCACUGAUCACCAAGGACCUUGGUCUCGGUGACCUAUGUCACUCUCCGCUAUAUGGCUUGGCGCGUGCAUUGAAGAUGGAAAUCCCCAGCAUAUUUGGUGGACUCUUUGAAGAUGAUCAAGGUCGUUUUCCCUUAUCCGCCAUUAAGAAUGCCCAUGGCUUUGACGUCGUCAAGGUCUGCCAGGGAACUCCGCAAACAGCUUCACUGCAGCCUUUCCGGGGUACAUCGAAUGAUAUCAAACCAGUCCAGUUCAGUUCGGAGGGCACAUACCUCAUUACUGGUGGAACUCGGGGGAUUGGUCUGGAAGUUGCAAGUUGGAUGGGUCAACGUGGCGCCGGUACCAUCCUGCUGGUGUCCCGCCGUGGCCUCCUUCCAGCCUCAGAACUCGAAACCGAAGACGCAGAGUCGAACGAUAAUCUGCUCUCACGCAUUGCUGAACUUGAAGCUCUUGGGGUCUCUGUCCAUGUCAUGGGCAUUGAUGUUAGCAAGACUGGGGCCGACUCCACGCUUAGAGACGCAAUCGAUGAGCUCGAUGUACCGCCAGUAAAGGGAAUCGUGCACGCCGCUGGGAUAGCAGGCUAUCAUACCAUUGAGCGCUGUAUACCAUCAGAAGUGGCUGAUGUAUUAGCAACAAAGGUGAUAGGUGGCUUGAACCUUGACGCCCUCUUUUCACCUGGAACCCUGGAUUUCUUCUACCUCGUAUCCUCAGUUGGACAGCUCGUCGGGUUUGAAGGACAGCUGUCUUAUGCCCCUUCAAACUCGUUCUUGGAAGGAUUGGCAGCGUAUCGAAAGCUCCAGGGUGAUAACAGCAUGUCAAUACUUUGGACCGGUUGGCGUGGUGUUGGCUUGAUGGCACAGAACAAGUCAGCCACGCACAUGAUUACCAAGGGAAUGCAUGCCAGGGGUUUGGAGAGUAUGAGCAUCGAAGAAGCAUUUGCAGCUUGGGACCGCUUUGCAGGCCUCAGAACUGACCAUGUGGUCGUUGUUCGCGCACUGGAGCUCGAGGCCAAUGAGCCACUGCGGCAUCCUGUGCUCAAAUACAUUACUCCGCGGAAGCAAAAUACGCAAAACACCACCGGUAGCAGUUACUCCAAUUACCCCGCGGAUUCGGUGGCAAUUGUGGGUUUCGCUUGCCGGACUGCAGCCGGAGAUAACGCGGACGCCUUUUGGGAGACAAUCCAGGCAGGGAAAAGCAUGGUACGGGAGAUCGAUUUGAAGCGGUUUCCUGAUGCAGCCAGCAAGGGCAAGAUGUGGGGAAACUUCCUGUCCGACGUUGAGUCUUUCGACCACCAGUUUUUCAAAAAGUCCAAGCGCGAAGCAGCAGCACUCGAUCCGCAUCAGCGCAUUUUGCUCGAAACUACCUACCAUGCAGUGGAAUCAGCAGGAUGGUUGGGCAUUGAUGAGUCACAAGAAGCUGAGACUCAUGACAGAAGCAAAAGCGGAAAUAUUACCGGCUGCUUCAUUGGAAUGAACGCGCCCGAUUACCCUCUGAAUCUGGCUUCCAACCCACCCUCGCCAUACACAGGCGCGGGCAUGCUCCGAUCGUUCGCGUCCGGGCGAUUGAGCCACCACUUUGGCUGGACUGGCCCUUCACAUGUCAUUGAUACGGCCUGUUCGUCGGCGAUGGUUGCCAUACACCAAGCUUGCCGUGCUAUUCAGGCGGGGGAGUGCACACGUGCUGUUGCGGGAGGCAUCAACCUAAUCACUAACACGGCCUUGUUCGACGCUAUGCGGGUGGGCGGCUUCCUCAGUGAAACGGGUCCUUCCAAGACGUUUGAUGCACGGGCUGAUGGGUACUGUCGUGGCGAAGCAGCGGGUGUUAUCGUGCUGAAGCCAUUACACAAGGCGUUGUCAGAUGGGGACGACAUUCAGGGUGUGUUGCUGUCAACUGGUAACAACCAGAACAUCAACAACACCAGUAUCACAAACCCUGUUCUCGAGAGCCAGGCGGCAUUAUACCAAGAUGUUUUAGCCCGCGCUAAUCUCAGCCCAAAAGAUAUUUCCUACGUCGAGGCACACGGCACAGGCACACGUGCUGGUGACCCUGUGGAGGUCAGUGGUAUCCGGCGGGUUUUUGGUGGGAGGGAGAGAAAAUCCAUCUUGCAUAUCGGUGGUGUGAAACCCAACGUUGGUCAUUCCGAAGGAGCUUCGGGUGUCAUCUCGUUGAUCAAAGUUCUGCUUAUGAUGAAGCAUGGCAAGAUCACUCCACAGGCUCAAUUUGAGAAGUUGAAUCCCAAUAUCCCAGCACUUGAGCCCGAUCAGAUGGCCAUUUCAAGAUCUCUGAAGGAUUGGGAUGACGACCUACGCCUGGCGAUUGUGAACAGCUAUGGCGCCUCUGGCAACAACGCUGCUGCUAUUGUCGCGCCUCCUCCUUCACGACCGUCGUCUUUAAGAAUAGACUCGGCAUCUUCUCCUCCCUUGGAGUCUACAUGGCCUGUUUUAAUCUCCGCGGCAUCCAAGGCCAGCCUUUCGGCCUUCUGCGGCAAGCUAAAGGCUCAGUCUGGGAAUGCUUUGAUCACUUCCAAACACAUUCCAUCCAUAGCUUUCUCUUUGGCGACAAGGCAAAGUCGUCAGUUCCAGCAUGUGUUCAGCACGACGGUCACUUCGCUGAAUGACUUACAAGCCCAACUAUCCGAUUUUGAGAACCAUGUUACCACAUCCCAUAAGCCCAAGCCCAUCGUACUUCUCUUUAGCGGCCAGAACGGCAACUCUGUCCCCUCCGCUCGGGCUCUUUAUGACAGCUCUUUGCUAUUCCGGAAGCAUUUACAUCAGUGCGAAGAGGCAAUGAAGUCGCUCGGUCUCCCCAGUCUGAUCCCGGCAGCUCUUCAGGGGAUCCAAGAUGACGGCGACCUUGUUCUACGUCAUGCCACCAUGUUCUCUAUCCAAUACUCGAGUGGAAUGGCAUGGAUCGACUCAGGCAUAAAGCCCCAGGCAAUCUGCGGCCACUCCUUUGGCGAGUGGGCGGCAUUGACUGUGUCGGGCGCUAUGACACUCCAGGACGGAAUGAAGCUCGUAACUGGGACUUUUCUUACCACGGACACUAACCCCUGUACAGGUCGUGCAGCCAUUAUUGAGAAAUUCUGGGGCAAGGACACCGGAUCUAUGGUGGCUAUUGAAGCCGACUUGGUGCAGACGGGUACGACUCCCACCGAGAAUCUCAAGCCUUUUCAUGAGAAGCAUCCAGAUAUCAAGCUCGAUGUUGCCUGUUAUAACGGACCCAACAGCUAUGUUGUUGCAGGUAGCACUGUGGACAUUCAGGUGCUCGAGUCAUACCUGAAGGAUAAGAAGCUCAAUGGCGAGAAGAUCCGAUUCAAGGUCCUAAAGGGCAUGUACGCAUAUCACUCCAUCUUGGCUGAAUCCAUCAUAGAUGAGAGCGCCAGGUUGUCGGCUUCCAUCCUAUUCGAGGAACCAACAUUCCACUUUGAGUCUUGCCAUGAAGGGCCUUGCCCUUGGACGCGCCCGGGCUCCAAUGUAAUAGCUCGCAACACCCGCGGCGCGGUAUACUUUACGCAAGCCAUCUCGCGUAUUGUCAACCGACUUGGAGCAUGUACGUUCCUAGAAGCUGGUGUUGGCGGUCCCAUCAUUGCCAUGGCACGCAACGCACUGCCCCAAUCUCAAGUUGAGAAUCAGCACAUCUUUGUCGGAAUCAACGGGAAAGAACCCGUGCGAUCUCUCGCAGAUGCUACAGUCACUUUGUGGAAGAGCGGCCACUUGAACGUCCAGUACUGGCCUUUCCAUCAAAGUCAGCGAUCAAGCUACUCACCUGUAGCCUUACCGUCAUACCAGUUUGAGAAUCACAAGCACUGGCUGGAUUAUGUUGAUAUUUUGAGUCACAAAUGCAACAAGAUUCCUGGACAAGCCCCAGCCCGGUCUGGGUUGUGUCCCCACUGCCUGAAGGAUAUCAGCGAUUUUGCUUACAUCGCUCGAGACGAAUCUCAAGGCCCCAAUGCGAGCAAAUCUGUCUUCAAGGUGGACACCCGCAGCAGGCGCUAUCAGGAACUUGUUAAGGGGCACAUUGUGGUUGGAUCCCCAAUAGCCCCGGCUGCGAUGUACCUGGAGCUGGUUGCACACGCCGUCGCCUUGUUGCAAGAUACAAAGUCAAACAAGGUCACACCGCAAAUCUCUGCUGAGGGUUUGGAGAUUAAAGCGCCUAUGGGCUUGGACACGCAGCGCUCCAUCCAAGUGAUGUUGACAAAAAGGACAAACAGCACCUGGGAGUUCGAAUUGUCUUCUAUCAAUGGAAAUAUUCAGUCAGUUUCCCACGCAUCAGGCGUAAUCUCUCUACGAGAGGACAACAUUCUCAGCAGUGACCAAGAUGAGAAAGACAAAUGGGCCCGUCUCUACAGCCUAUUGGAAAGGGAGACAGACACGGAAGCUCUGCGCGGCACAAUGGUGUACAAAGUAUUUUCGAAAAUGGCCAAGUACUCCUCUGGGUACCGUGGACUUCGUCACCUGGUUGGAAAGGGCUUUGAGGGCGCAGGGGAUAUCGUCAUCCCAGCGGACGGUCUCGACGCAUUGUCCAGAACGCCAAACGAUGACAUUGCUGAUCCAUUGGUCGUUGACACAUUCUUGCAAGUGCCUGGUGCAUACGUUCACUCGCUUCGUAGCACAAGUGAUGACGAUGAGGAUGCUGAAUUGGCUUAUAUCUGCACUGGCAUGGGCUCCGUCUGCCCUUUGAAUGGGCUCAAGGGUAGCGGAAACUACCGAGCCUAUACGAAGAUUGUUCGCGAAGAUAAGAAGGAGACAAUCCUCGACGUGUUUGCAUUCGACAAGCAGAGCAAGAAGAUUGUGUGGUUUGCCAAGGGACUGAAGUUUUCCCGGGUCCCACGCAGCACGCUUGCUAAGGUGUUAGCUGCAGCGAGUCCGAACGCGGAGCUCAAAGAGAAGGCCGCUCCUUCGUUAAAAUCUGCCGCUAAAUCACCAGAUCCCAAGUCCAUAUCGGUGCCUAUGCUUCCUUCAAAGAAGGAAUUUAGGGCUACGACGAGCACAGUUGAUGUCUCGAGCGGUGUUGAAGAAAUCCUCAGUCACUCCUUGAGUAUUCCAGUCAAGGACGUUAGCAAGCAAGCCACACUCGAGGAAUUAGGCAUGGACUCAUUAGUUAGCUCGGAAAUCUUGGCUGACAUCUCGACAAAGUUCAAAGUCGAUAUCUCUGUGGACAAUUUCGCAGCAGUCACAGAUGUUGCCUCUCUGUGUGAUCUGAUCUCUUCAAGAAUCAGCGGGGGGAGCGUUGAUACUAUUACCGAGGAUAACGAAGGCAAAUUCCCGGAUUCCAUCUUCAAGAGUUUGCAUAUCUUGAGUGGCGUCCAAGAGAUUCUCAGCCAGUCGCUUGGUGUUCCAGUGGAAGAUAUUACCAAGCAGUCCACACUGGAAGAACUUGGAACAGAUUCGCUGGUUAGCUCGGAGAUUAUAGCCAACAUCUCUACCAAGUUCCAAACCGAUAUCUCUGUCGAGGCAUUUGCAGACGUUACAAACGUUAAGUCUUUGUGUGACUUGAUUUCCUCUCAGCUCCGUGGAAAUGCUAUUCCUCUGAAUAGUAAGGAUAUUGAGGACCAAGCCAUAGAUUCUGGGUUUGAGUCCUCCGACCAAGCCUCUUCAGAAUGGCAGAAAGCUGUAUUCGAGAUUAUUAGCCAGUCUCUUGAUGUCAAUGUAUCGGAUAUUGAGAUGAAGUCCAAGCUUGAAGAUCUCGGUGCUGAUUCUCUCGUCGCUACAGAGAUCAUUAGCAACCUGAACGAAACAUACAGCCUUGACAUUUCACCUAAUGACUUCGCUGCAAUAACCGAUGUUAAAUCCCUCUGCGAUCUCAUCGCUGCUGGACUGGAUUUUGAUUCAGUACAGACUCCCACGACAGGUUCAUCAUCUGGUUCCAUGGUUGGCUAUUCAGUCACUCCAUACACCGAUACAAGCGCCCAGACAAAGAGUGAGAAGCCAACGACGAGGAGAAAUUCCAAUUCCCUUCACACGGCCUUCCAGCAAAUCCGGAAUAACUUCGAUACUCAUUCUAAGAACACAAAACUCACCGGUUAUUGGGAAAGGGUAUAUCCACAACAAUUAACUGUUGUGACGGCCUUCAUCGUGGAAGCCUUUGAGAAGCUCGGCCUUUCCAUCGGAAACUUUGAACAAGGAGAAAGACUACCUAUUCUGAGCAUGCAAAUCACACUGCCCAAGUACUGGAGAGAGGUUCCACGGCUCUGGGAUAUUUUGGACGAGGCCGGCGUUGUUGAGAAGUCAGGAGAGCACUUCCUGCGUGGCCCAGCACCGUUACCCAGUGGCACUGGCAAGGAUCUCAGCUCUGAGCUCAUCUCAGAUUUCCCUCAGUUUGCAUCCACACACGGACUGCCCGACCUCCUCGGACCGCAUCUGGCUGAAUGUCUGACCGGAAAGGCUGACCCGGUCCCUCUCCUGUUUGGCAGUGAACGAGGCCGCAGUCUACUCGAAGACUUUUAUGCCAAUGGGCCCGACCUCCGGGCGGCCACACAGACACUCUGCGACUUUUUCUCUGCAGCCAUCCAAGCCCAAAAUUCCCAAGACUUGCCCUUCCGCGUACUUGAGAUUGGCGCUGGCACAGGCGGCACAACCAAACAUCUCAUCCCCCUGCUUCAAGCCACCGGGCUUCCAUUCAUAUACACCUUCACCGAGCUCUCAGUGUCGCUGCUUGCGCGCGCGAAGAAAACAUUCAAGGGGAUUGCGGGCAUGGAGUUCCAGAAGUUGAACAUUGAGGAAGAACCUCCCGCAGAGCUGCUGGGACGCUACCACGUCGUGGUGUCAAGCAACUGUGUGCACGCAACACGGGACUUGCGACGCAGCCUGAGCAAUAUCUACAAACUGUGCCGACCUUCCGACGGCUGCGUGGCGCUAGUCGAACUGACGCAAAAGUUGGCUUGGUAUGAUCUGGUCUGGGGUCUACUGGACGGCUGGUGGCUCUUCGACGAUGGUCGCAAGUACGCGCUGCAGAGCCCGUGGUCCUGGGCGCAGGCUAUGCGGGACUCUGGAUUUGCCCAUGUGGACUGGUCCGACAGCCCGAGUCGCGAGUCCCGAGGCGUUCGUGUAAUUUGCGGUAUGACUACUGAGCCGGAGAAGCCUAUCAAGGCAACUUCUAUUGUCUUACAGCGUGGGUCUUCAGUCGCUGGGAACCGCAGUCUGUUCCUUAUGCCUGAUGGCUUUGGUUCGGGUGGCGUGUUUGGUUUCCUCCAGCCAUCACUCGCACAGGCCAAGGACGUGACUGUUUACGCACUUAACAGCCCCUUCCUUAAGGCCACCCCCGAGCCUGAUCAGAUCCCCUCCAUCGAGGAGCUCGCUGCCAUGUACGUGGCUGAAAUCAAGCGUCGUCAGCCUGAGGGUCCUUACCUGGCCGGCGGAUACUCAGUCGGGGGCGUAUUAGCCUAUGAAGUGGUGCGACAGCUUCUCGAAAACGGCGAUGAUGUUGAGAAGCUGUUCUUGAUCGACUCGGCGUGCCCCACCUUUGCAAGCGGCCUACCAAACAGCUUGGUCGAGCUUUUGGAAUCCAUAGACCGCGUAGGUAUGGUGAACGAGGAUCAGAUCCGAGAGAAGACCGGAGGUCGGACGAUCACAAAUGCCCACUUCACAAUGUCAAGACAGCAGGUGCUCAGAUACAGGGCGAGCAAACUACCAGGAAAGAGAAUUCCGGAGGUUUUGCUAGUGUCGGCGAAAGAUGGCGUUGGUAAGAGGGAAAAUGUCACCCGUCCCAAGGUUUUGCCUGAGGAGCAAAAUAUUGUGAGUUGGUUCCUGGACGAUAGGGCCGACGGUGAUUCCCUCGGAUGGGAUGAGCUUUUAGGAGACAUAAACGUCGUUCGUGCCGACGGUAACCACUUCUCCCUAAUGCUGCCUCCUAUGGUAAAUGGAUGGGGCUUAGAAUUUGCGAAGCACCUUGGGGCUUAA